CCUCUAUAGUUCGCGCCUCUAUGACCGAAGUAAUCAAGCUUGCCAUCAAACACGUCAGCAGUUGAGCCACCGAUCAACGCCUCAAUUUUUUUUUGUGUGCUGUGCAGAAAACAGACCAGCCGACGAACGCUGCGAGCGGGCCGCCAAGCUUCGUCCGUGCUCCUCGCGCGACAUGACCUUCACGGUGCACUUCUCGGUGCGCCCAGGCAGAGUCGGCACCUGCGUGAAGCUAUCGGCUAACGUGUCCCGCUGCCUUCGUGGAGCAAACCGCUUCCGGACGCUCCGUGACUGUGAGGCUGCCUGCAAUCAUACUCGAUCGGUGGCGCCGCUCAAAACGUCCUCGAGCAACGCUGCGACUUCGACGGCGACGACGGCGCGUAGCCGUCGGCGGCGCCGGUGCGACGCCCCGGUGUGGUUUGGCCCGUGCUCUGCGGCCGAUCGGCGGCGGAAGUCGUCGGCCAACUUCGCCUUCGAGCACGGACGCUGUGUGGCGCUGCGGGGCAGCUGCGCUGACGCGGGCUUCUCCACGCUGAGACAAUGCCAGUCCGCGUGCCUGAAGAACAAUCCAUUGCAGAUCGAUGAACUCGUUAACUCUACGCUUGCGUCGUGACCACGUCACGACCUGCAACCUACCUCACAACGCCGAAUUGAAUCUAACAAAAUAAAGCGGAAAAAAAUCAA